UAUAGAAAACAGAAGCUAAAAAGCUCAGAGAGUGCUUCAAUGGAGAUCUUAUCACCCAAAUUGUUCCCUGAGAUAGUAACAGAAGAUCCGCUUCAUCAUAUGUAUCAACAUCGCCAAAUGACGAAUCCCUUUGAUUUCCUUCUCGAAGAUUUCGACUUCAACCUUUUCUCUUCUGAGAUGCACUCGCCUUGUGCACCGUUUGUUCCAGGCAUGAUGCAAGGUCCCAUGGAUCUGCUGGUUGAAGCUGCUCCGGCCACCAGUCAGAGGCCAAUGAAGAAGCCAAAGACCGAGAUCUGGAGCGACCCUUGCUCGUCCGAGACAAACAAAGCCCAGAGAACAGCGAUGUCCUCGCCGCCAUCGUCUAAUCCCCAGUUGAUAUCUUUUGGGAGCUUGGAUUUGUCCCCACCUGAAUCUCAGCAUCUUUACGGUGCUUAUGAGAUCCAAGAUUGUCAAAAGGAGAUGAAGAGAGUUGGGGCAAUGAGUAGACCAACUUUACAGACACAAGAACACGUGAUUGCAGAGAGGAAGCGGCGCCAGAAGCUUAGCCAGAGCUUCAUUGCUCUCUCUGCCAUUAUUCCUGGCCUUAAAAAGAUGGACAAAGCAUCGAUCCUCAGUGACGCAAUCAAGCACAUGAAGCAGCUUCAAGAACGCGUCGAGAAACUCGAGGCAGAGGUAGCAAUCAGGACUGUGGAAUCAGUUGUGAUUGUAAAGAAGUCUCAAGUCUCGGCAAACAAUGAUGCGUCUUUAGACGAGAACUUCUAUGACCAAUUAGAGCAAAAACUCCCUGAGAUUGAAGCGAGAGUCUUGGAUAAACAUGUCCUUUUCCGAAUCCAUCACGAGAAACGAAAGGGAUAUACAACAGAGAUACUUAGCGAAAUAGAGAAGUUAAAUCUGUCAGUUCUCAACAGCAAUGUGUUACCUUUUGGGAGUUCCAUACUCGAUAUGACAAUCGUAGCUCAGAUGGACGUUGGAUUCUGCAUGAAAGUUGAGGAUCUCGUCAAGAAUCUACGCCAAGCUCUUCUCAAGAUUGCAUGAUCAAUCAACAUCAUCUUCGUUCUUUCAUUUGCAAAAGUCUCAUCUAAUUUUUCCUUUCAUCAUUUACGGAAGUUAGCUACUCUUUUUCCCCCUUAUGGAGCGUUUUCGGACUUUCUGAGGGAAAACCUUGGAGUCUCCCUUGACCAGACCACCACUUUGCGCACGAAAUGUCUUGUUUUGACUAUGAGUUUCUAUUUUGCUAGUGGGUUUUUUCCGUCUCGCUUUUUUAGCAUGGUCGACAUUUUUGGCCAUGUUGAAAUCUUACCCACAAGCUGUAUAGGGAAGUCUUAGUCAAUUUUUUUGAAGGGUCAUUUUUUAGAGGUUUGACUUUUCAAUGAA